AGGGGGUGUGGCGGUUGGGUCCUCCAUGGUAGGAGUCAGGCUGCGGUGCGGACAGUGUAAGGAGAGGAGCAAUGGCGACGGCUGUGGUGUUGACGGUUCUGAUUUGUGUCGGUGGAGUAACUGUUGCCAAUCCCCUCUUGGGGCCAGAAAGAUGUGCUGAAGGCCCUACCUUCUGGUGUCAGAAUGUAAAGACUGCCUCAGACUGUGGAGCUGUAAAGCAUUGUCAGCAGACUGUAUGGAGACAACCGACUGCAAAAAGUGUUCCUUGUGAUCUUUGCACAGAAGUUGUAUCUGUGAUGGGAAAUCUUCUGAAAGACAAUGCAACAGAGGAAGAACUGAAGAGUUACUUGGAAAAAGCCUGUGACCUGCUUCCAAAUCCAACCUUGACAUCUCAAUGUAAUGAAUUGGUCGAUGAAUACUUGCCAGUCAUCUUGGAUAUUCUCAAGGGAGAGCUGGAAAAUCCUGAAGUGGUGUGCAGUGCUCUUCACUUGUGCCAGUCCUUGCAAGCCAGUCUUGCCAAGAAGGAUAUUUUCUCCAACGAGAUACCAGAGGUGUACAUGUCUGAAUUAACCUCCCCUUUCAUUGCCAAUGUUCCUCUCCUCCUUUAUCCACAGCAGGCCACAGAGUCCAAGAGCAAUGAUGCGGUGUGUCUGGACUGUACCCAGUUCAUAACUGACCUUCAGACUUCUGUCAAAGAAAAUGCCCUUGUCUUGGAUAAGCUCAUUUUUCAGUUAAAGCAGCAGUGUAAUCUUGGACCUGGAUUAACAGAACUGUGUGAGAAGUACAUUGUUCAGCAAGCACCACGAGUGGCUGAGAUAUUAAUGCAGACGAAUGCAAAAGAAAUCUGCACAACAAAUGGAUUCUGCCAAAGACCAGCCACUGUUCCAAUGCAGCUCCUCCAGAAAGCCAUUGUUAAACCUAUCCAGAAAAACACAGUGUCGACGGCAACAUCUCAAGGGUGUAUUAUCUGUGAGUUUGCCUUGCGUGAGAUUGAAAAUUUUCUGCUGAAGAACAGGACUGAGGAGGCAGUUGUUAACAUCGUGGAGAAAGUAUGUUCCCUUCUGCCAGCCACUGUCCAAGAUGAAUGCAAUGACUUUGUCGAACAAUAUGGGAAAGCUGUGGUAACUCUUCUUGCACAGGAAUUGAAACCUUCUAUUGUUUGUACCCUCAUUGGUGUCUGCAGUAAUACACAGCAUGUGGCAAUUGAGGACAUUAAACCAAAGCAGCUGAAAACAGGUCCUUUGUGUGAAAUCUGUAAGACUGUGAUAACAUACCUGGAUAAUAUACUGGAAAAGAAUUGCACAGAGCAGGAGAUUGAGGAUGCUCUGGACAAAGUCUGUAACUUGCUGCCAGCUACAAUGGUCGAUGAGUGUAUCAACCUGAUAGCUGAAUAUGGAUCGGUUCUACUGCAUGUUCUGUUGGAAAGUUUGGACCCAGAUUUUGUUUGCACAAAAGCUGGGCUUUGUGGAGCUGCAAAACAACAUCUCCUGGGAGCUGAUAAAUGUGUUUGGGGUCCAUCGUACUGGUGUAAGAACAUGGAGACUGCAACUCAGUGCAACGCAGUUGAACAUUGCAAACGUCAUAUCUGGAACUGAAAGGCAUCAACGUCUGGAUGAAUACAGUGAUAAUUUCAAAAUAAGAAUCAUUUCUGUUUCUCUCGAAUACUUUUCUGUUUUGUUUGCUUGCAAAUGUACCUGCUGUAACAGUCUAUAACAAUCUGUCAAGGUUCCUUAAAGUCUUGUACCUGAGACAGUUAACAAUAUUUAAUAGUUUGUAACUGCUUCAUGGUGAUAUGUAGAGCAUAAAUGUUGUCUAACUUCCAGUCCCACUUGUGAAUUGUGGUACAAGUUGCACUAGGUGGCUGCUAACAAUGCUAUAUUGCAGGAGAUUAAAUGUCAAGGUAAGUCCUUUAACAUGGGCAUAGUACACUGGAAGGAAAAUGCAGCAAAGCAAAACUUGUUUUGCAAGUUUGAGAACUAAUGUAUUUUUUUUUGAAGUUUAAUUUGAUCAAGUUACUAAUUGAUAAUUGACUGAGCUCCACUUCUGAGUAUGAUUGGUCUGAAUGGCUUGGGCUUGCAUGUUCAAAAUUUCUGGAAUAUUAGUGUUUUUGAGUAUAAAUUUUUGUUUGCCUUGAUGUCUAUCUUUGAAUCUAGUAAAAUGUGUGUAAGUUGGUUUGUCAAUAAAAUGUACCCUAAAUCCUG